AUGGAUAAACUGUUGAAGCUGAAGAAUAAUGAGCUUGCCAAUAUAGCGAAGGUUUGUGGAAUGGCACUAGCGAUCUCUGCAACGCAGAAAACUGAGCUUGCAAGUGCAAUUGCUCAUAAUUUGACGCCUGGAUUUGUUGGCGACAAGCAAAUUGACCUAGUUGCUAUUGAUGUUGGACUGGUCAACUUCUCGUUUGCCAGAUUGACUCUUCCCCAUGGGAUAUACUCAACUCCCAUACUACAACAAUGGUACAAAAUGGACCUUUUUGCGUGGUCCAAAGUUCCACGAGACUUCCAUCCCAGUUCAUUUGCUAAGUUAGUCAAUAAGGUUGUUUUCGAUCUGAUAUACGGUUCUGCCGCACCAGAUCUAGUUAUCGUGGAGAGACAACGAUUCCGCACAAUGGGCAAUAAGAACGUUUUUGAGCAUAUCCUGAGAACAAAUGUGUUGGAAAGUAUGUUAUAUUCAAGUUUAGAGACUUUGCAGAGGGUUAAUCCGAAGAAAUACUGUACUCAGCUGGUGCCGUCUUCCCCACAAACCAUGGUGCAUUACUGGGCUCCGCCUAAGACGCAAGGCCCUGUUACAGCAAAACAGUCCAAAGAGAUGAGGAUGAAGCUAGUGGACCACUGGCUGAAAUUGGCGUUGGUGGGCUCGAAGAGUCGGUUUCGGCUGGUAGAUUCUGCUAUUUUCCAACCCUCACAGCUGCUCAAAGCGAAGUCCGACUCUCGAAGACUUUAUGACUUUAUGGAAAUAUUCAAUGAGAACAAUAAGCACAAAAUAAGCGUCUCUGAAAGCAGUGCUAAAGCAAAAGGAGACGACCUUGCCGACUCUUUGUUGUACGGUUUGAGCUGGGUCGACUACGAAAGGAACAAACACGAGUUGUGGGAUGCCAUUGAGGCUGGAAAUGUUUCUGAGAGGUUGGACGAAAUUACCUCGAGGCACUUUGAAGAGAUUUCUUCUAUUUUAAAGCCCAAAUAG